AAGCGUUUGGAGCGUCGCGACAGUGACGUCAUCGCGCAAGGUCCGGCGGCGCCGCCGCCGCGCGUGACGUCAUCACGCAGCAUCAAGGAAACGCGAAGCGGCGGGUUGCCCCCUCUCCCCCCCCCCAGGGUUAGGGUUUAAGGGGGAACCGAGUCCGGGCCUAGGCCAACCACAACCACAACAACAACAACCACAACAACAACCACCACAACAACAACCACAACAACAACAACGAUGAGGCCCAAGACCUUCCCGGCGUCGCCGUACCCUCCCAGCAGCCGCCAGAUGCUGCAGGAAAUCCGCGACAACAUCCGCGGCCUCCGCGGCGGCUCCGAGGCGUCGGGCGCCUCCGGGGCCUCGGCUCAGCCCGCGCCUUGCCUGGCCAAGCCCGCCGGGGUGGAGGCGGCGUCGCCCCGGGGAGGCGCUCAGGCGAGCGCGGGGGGCCCGUGGGCACAACAACAUCAACAACAACAUCAACAACAGCAGCAUCAACAGCAGCAGCGCUUUGGUUCGCAUCAGAAAGCCCUGCAGGAGAUUCGGAACUCGCUGCUGCCCUUCGCGGCUGACGGCACCGGACAGCAGCAGCAGCAGCAGGGACAGGGACAGCAGCAGGGACAGCAGGGACAGGGACAGCAGGGACAGGGACAGCAGGGAGAGUUGUCGGGGAGACACGGGGGGAGUGGAGGAGGAGGAGGAGGGGGAGACGUCAACAGACAGCUGCUGGCAGAUUUGCUGAGCGCCGGGGUGGCACAGGACAUGGCUGUGUCUGCACUGCGACAGACAAACAACCGCGGCCUUGACUCAGCCCUCGCAUUCAUCGCCAAGAUGGGCUACCUGGACGCGCAGGGCGAGCGGAUCGUUGCUGCUGUGCAACGUCGCAUGAAGACACCACAACAACAACAACAACUACAACAACAACAACAACUACAACAACAACAGCAGCAGCUACAACAACAUCAGCAGCAGCAUCAGAGGCCGGCGUCUGACGGUGCCACACCCUCCCCGGCUCCUGUGAACGUCGCCACAGCCUCCUCAUCGUCCUCCUGCUGCUGCUCCCCAUCGCCCUCCUCGCCCUCCUCCUCGUCGUCCUCAUCCUGCUGCUCGCCCGGCCACCCCUCACACCGCCUCAGCCGUCGCCGCAGCUUGCAGGGUCCAGCAGAUGGUGUGACCUACGACCCCAUCGGACGUGAGCCCCCCAACUCGUACUCCGCCUACCCCGGCCCGCCCCCCAUUGGCCCCCCGCCGCUGCUGUACAGGGCCUGCACCCCUCCGCCAAGUGUGCCUGGCACCAUCCACCAGCACCACCAACACCACCACCAACAGCAACAACAACAACAACAACAACUCAACCACCACCACCACCACAACAACAACAACCCCAACAACCAGCAGCACCCCCAAACGAGCGUCGUUUCUCAGCGGAGAUUUUCGGGGUCCCUGGAGGGGGUCCCGACCCCCCAGCAGACUGCCGGCACCCGAGGAGACCUCCACCACCACCAAGUCCACCACCACCAACUCCACCACCACCAAGUCCACCACCACCAAGUCCACCACCACCACCCACUCCACCACCACCACCAACUCCUCCACCACCAAGGCGCAACCGCGGGCACAGCGGCGGUCAGCGGAGCUCGGAGAUACGGGAGCCAGCAGAACCUGGCCCCCUCCCCCCUGCGCCCCGCCGGACCCACCCACCUCACCCGCGCCACUUCCAGCGUGGCACCCAGCUCCUCCUCAUCCUCCUCGGCAGCUCCCGCCCAGCCCAGCCGAUCGAACUCCUUCAACGGAGCCCUCAUCACCACCCUGCGCGGCGGCGGUGGAGGCGGUGGUGGAGGUGGAGGGACCGUCCCCCCGCCCACAGCCACCACGGCGCCCGUGAUUGGCCGCGCCCGCAGCUCCCGCGUGGUGCAGCCGAGGGCUCAGACGGCGCUGGCGCCGCCGCCGCCGCCGCUGCCGCGCCAACACCGGCACCGCCAGCAGCAGCAGCAGCAGCAGGAGGAGGAGGUACAGCAGCAGCUGUACAGGCAACAGCAGCAGCAGCAGGAGGGCGGAGGCGGUGGAGGCGGCGACUCUCCCACCUCUCCCGGCGUGGACGUCCGCGAGAGGACCCCCGCGUCUCCCACGCCCCUCCGGAGAGGAGCGGCGGCCACCGCGGCCGGCGGCGCCGCGGGGCCGGCGCCGGGGGCUCGCCGGUUUGGCGUUGGCGGUGGGGAGGGGGCGCCGGGCGACGGGGAGAUGGUGGGGAACGACGGGCGUGGCAAUGACGGGAGGGCGGUGGCGACGUUGGGCGGUGGCGGUGGUGGUGGUGGCGGUGGUGGCGGUGGUGGUGGUGGUGGCGGUGGUGGUGGAUCGAGGGUGAGGGUCUACUCGCCGCAGGCGUUCAAGUUCUUCAUGGAGCAGCACAUUGAGAACGUCCUCAAGGCUCACCAGCAGAGGCUGAACCGCAGGGCCCAGCUGGAGAGGGAGAUGGUGAAGGUUGGCCUGGGCGACGACGACCAGCAGCAGAUGCGCCAGAUGCUCCGCCGCAAGGAGUCCAACUACCUGCGUCUCCGGCGCGCCAAGCUGGAGGCGUCGCUGUUCGUGCGCCUGCAGACGCUGGGCGUUGGUGCCUUCGGCGAGGUGACGCUGGCACGCAAGGCCGACACUGGCGCCCUCUACGCCAUGAAGACUCUGCGCAAGCGCGACGUGCUAGCCCGCAACCAGGCGGCGCACGUCAAGGCCGAGCGGGACAUCCUGGCGGAGGCCGACAACGAGUGGGUCGUGAGGCUGUACUACUCGUUUCAGGACAAGCUUGCCCUCUACCUGGUCAUGGACUACAUCCCCGGCGGGGACAUGAUGAGUCUCCUCGUGCGCCUGGGCGUCUUCCCCGAGCCGCUGGCACGCUUCUACGUGGCCGAGCUGGUGCUGGCCGUGGAGAGCGUCCACCGCAUGGGGUUCAUCCACCGAGACGUGAAGCCGGACAACAUCCUCAUCGACCGCGACGGUCACAUCAAGCUCACCGAUUUCGGCCUGUGCACGGGAUUCCGCUGGACCCACGACUCCAAGUACUACCAGCCCCUCCACCGUGAGUGUGACCGGGAGGGUGACUGGGAAGGCCGGUACAACGUCCUCAUCGACCGCGACGGUCACAUCAAGCUCACCGAUUUCGGCCUGUGCACGGGAUUCCGCUGGACCCACGACUCCAAGUACUACCAGCCCCUCCACGCGAGAGACUUCACGUGGGGUGGCAGCAGCAGCAGCAGCAGCGGCAGCGGCAAGGAGAGUCCCCGGGUGGCGGCGGUGGCGGGCGGUGGAGGCGGUGGUGGAGGCGGUGGAGGCGGUGGUGAUGCGAUGAUGACCAGGAGGCAGAUCCACCACCACCGCCAGCAGCAGCAGCGGUGCCUGGCCCACUCACUGGUGGGCACUCCCAACUACAUGGCCCCUGAGGUUCUGCUCAGAGAGGGCUACACCCAGCUGUGUGACUGGUGGAGUGUCGGCGUCAUUCUGUACGAGAUGCUGGUGGGUCAACCUCCGUUUCUCGCUCCUACUCCGGCGGAGACUCAGCUGAAGGUAGUGAACUGGAGGGACACGCUCCGUGUCCCGCAGCAGGCCGGCCUCUCGGCCGCCGCCACCGACCUCUGCCUGUCCCUUUGCCGCUCUGAGCGUGACCGCCUCGGAGGGCCCGAGGUUCGUUGCCACCGCUUCCUGGCCACCGUCGACUUUGAGCGGCUGCGGCGCUCGCCGGCGCCGCUGGUGCCGCGGAUCGCCCACCCCACCGACACGUCCAACUUCGACCCCGUGGAGCCCUCCAAGCUGCGGGGCGGCGGGGGCGGCGGCUCCGGCUCCGGCUCCGGCUCGUCGGACUUCGGCGGCUGCGGCGAGGGGCGGGAGGAGGAGGAGGAGGAGGCGGUGGAGGCGGUGGAGGCGGAGGAGGAGGCGGCGUCUAGCUCCGGACGGGAAGCCGGCGGCAUCGCGGCUCGGGGGGCCGACGCCGCCGGAGGCAGAGGAGGAGGACGAGGAGGAGGAGGAGGAGCAGGAGGACGAGGAGGAGGACGAGGACGAGGAGGAGGAGGAGGAGCAGGAGGAGGUCCUCAGCGGCGGAGGGCGGCGAUGGCGGCGGAGGGUGACCGUCACGGACCGGAGCACGCCUUCUACGAGUUCACCUUCCGCAGGUUCUUCGACGACCACGGCUACCCCUACCAGACGCCGAGGCCGGCGGCGGCACAGCCGGCGGCACCGGCAGCACCGGCGGCACAGCCGGAGCUGGCCGGGCCGCGCCGCAGGGACGAGGUGGACUGCCGUGGCGGUGGUGGCGGUGGUGGUGGUGGUGGCGGUGGUGGUGGCGGUGGUGGCGGUGGUGAUGAUGGAAGUUCGGAGCAUCACGCUCCGGUGUACGUGUGACGUGGCAAGAGUUGCCGCAGCUCCACACACACACACCUACACCUACACACACACAUACACACCUACACACACACCUACACACACACCUACACACAC